UAGAAAAUAACCAAAUUGUAUAAUAAAAGAUAGAAAAAAUCUUUGAGGUCUGUCUCUGCCGCUUGCUGCACUUGAGCGGGAGGAAAUCGGGGUGUCGUAAAAUUAAAAUGGGAAACAGAUGUGCAAAGGAGGAGGUGAAGGAAGAGAUAAUGCUGAAGAUUGUGCCACCAUUGGACUCUGCAUAUGUUCGAUGGCUUGCUAAGGAUGUUGCAAGAAUCCAUGGCUUUACUCUAAAAAAUCCACCUCUUCUUACACCGCCAGAUCAUUAUAUCAAUUACAUGAAGUUAAAUGGAUGGUUGGAUGUUGAUCUCGACGAUCCUGAUCUUGCUCAUCUCUUCAAGUAAACAUUCUAUUCUAUUUUUAAUGUAUUCAUUUUCAAACUAAAUAAAGGAUUAGUUUAACUUUGGUUG